AUGGUGCUGCCGGGCUCCUGCUGCCCUCUCCGGGGACUCGUCCCGCUGUCCGCCGCGGCCGGCGGCCUCUCGCCGCGCCGCCGCCCGAGGCCCCCGCUGCCCUUCCGCUCGUUGCUCGGGCUGGGGCUGCUACAGACCGGCCUGGGCUGCGCCCUGGUGGCGCUGGGCUUCGGGGCGCUGUGGCUGAGCAGCGCCCCGCAGGUGAAGAGCGCGUGUCCCCUCUGGGCCGGCUCCUCGGCCAUCUUAUGUGGAAUCUUAGGGUUAACAACAUGGAAGAGGCCGGUGCUGCUUUUGGUUAACUUGUUUGUUCUGCUGUCUGUGAUCAGUGUUAUGCUGAACGUGACUGGAUUAAUACUUGGAUGUCAAGGCAUUCAGUUUGUGUCCAGGGUACCCAGAUGUGAUUUGAUGGAUAUGGAUGAAAACAAGACUUGUUUGUGCUGUGAGGAGCUUCAUCCCACUAAAUGCAUGGAAGCAGAGGUUGUACUGAAGCUAUACCACGUGAAGUCAUGCAGUGCUGCUCACCUUCUUCUCAAGAAAGUUCUCUUAGCUCUUGGUGUCCUGAAUGCUCUCACCGCUACAGUUUGCUUCAUAGCAGCUGCCCUGCAUUACUUACAGAUACUUGCAUCAAGAAGAUCCUGCACAGGCGAGUGUGAAGUUGAAGAUGAAGAUCACAAUUUGGAUCCUGAUGAUUUUGUCCCACCCGUCCCACCUCCCUCCUAUUUCACCAUUUUGAGUUCUUGUACUCCAGAAACAAGUCACAGCCCACCUGUCUCUGAUGUGAUUUCUCUGCCCUAUAUUUAUGUGACACGAAUCAAUGGAGUUGAAGUGUUCUGCCCUCUGGACCCACCUCCACCUUAUGAAACUGUGUGCAGCUUAAAAAGCUCUGAGCAGGGAGGUGCACUUCAAAUAAAUGGCAUGGAAGAUGUUGAUUCAGGGGAAGUAAGUGACAGGCAGUCCUCUCAAGCUGAAGAAAUUCAGGAGUCUUCCAGCAGAGUGAGCCUUUUCCCUUCAAAUGCAAGCUGUGUGCCUGCAGGAGUGAGCAGGAGAGCCUACCAUCCCUUGAGGAAAUGCUCUAAAAGUGACCCUGUGCUCCUGCACUGCCAGCUGCCUCAAGAGACAGUGUUCAGCUGUGAAACUGCAACACCCAGGGAUGUAAAUCCACUGAACACCGUCACCUUGCGGAGGAGUUCAAGAGCAAGAGCACUGAGGGGCAGACCCCAAUCUCUGAUAGACUAUAAGUCUUACGUGGACACUAAACGGCGUGUGGCAUGGAUCCUUGAGCAGUCCUCCUGCAGCAUGAGCCCAGACAUACAUGACUUGGUGGAAAAUAUCAAGUCUGUUUUAAAAUCAGAUGAGAAACACAUGGCAGAAGCUGUCAGCAGUGCCACUUUCCUUGAGCAGGUGAUGACACCUUCCCAGCCAGCCACGUCAUUCAGAGGUCGUGUGUUGCCUUUCAGAUUGCAUCCUGGAUUGCUGCACCUGGAGAGCUGUGGUGACCUGAGCACUUUCACCACAGAAGGAGAACAGCUAUCAGAGAGGAGAAUCCAAAGAGCAGAACAUGAACGGCCUCACAGUGUUGUUGGUGUUGUCAGGGAAACUAUACUUUGA